AUGGCUUCCCGCUUCCACGCCGCAUCCACCGAUGCCGCUAUCGCCGCUGAGAACGAGUUCGCUGCCCACAACUACCACCCUCUUCCCGUCGUCUUCUCCAAGGCCCAGGGCGUCAAUGUCUGGGAUCCCGAGGGCAAGCAGUACCUGGACUUCUUGUCCGCCUACAGCGCCGUCAACCAGGGCCACUGCCACCCCGAGCUCGUCAAGGCUCUUGUCGACCAGGCCUCCCGCCUGACUCUGAGCUCGCGUGCCUUCUACAACGAUGUGUUCCCCAAGUGGGCCGAGAAGGUCCGUGACGUCUUCGGCUACGACAUGGUGCUGCCCAUGAACACCGGCGCUGAGGCUACUGAGACAGCCAUCAAGAUUGCCCGCAAGUGGGCCUACAAGAUCAAGGGCGUUGAGCAGGGCAAGGCACUGGUCUUUUGCGUUGCCGAGAACUUCCACGGCCGAACUAUGACCGCCAUUACCCUGUCUACCGACCCCGAAUCCAAGGACAACUACGGCCCCUAUGUCCCCAACAUCGGUGCCACCUCUCCUUCUACCGGCAAGCCUAUCCGUUAUAACAACGUGGCCGACCUGGAGGAGGUUUUGGAGGCGCAUGGCAAGGACACCGCCGCCUUCAUCGUUGAGCCCAUCCAGGGCGAGGCCGGUGUUGUCGUUCCCGACGAUGACUACCUCACCAAGGUCCAGGCUCUUUGCAAGAAGCACAACGUCCUCCUCAUCUGCGACGAGAUUCAGACCGGCAUUGGCCGUACUGGCCGCCUGCUCUGCUCCGAGUGGGCUGGCAUCAAGCCCGACAUUGUUACUCUCGGCAAGGCCAUCUCCGGAGGCAUGUACCCUGUCAGUGCCGUUCUCAGCAGCAAGGAGAUUAUGCUGGUUGUUGAGCCCGGUACUCACGGUUCAACCUACGGCGGCAACCCCCUGGGCUGCGCCGUUUCCAUUCGAGCUCUGGAGAUUCUCGAGGAGGAGAACAUGACUGCCAACGCUGAGCGUCUGGGCAAGAUCUUCCGUGAUGGUGUGGCUGCUCUCAAGUCGCCUAUUAUCAAGACGAUCCGCGGCAAGGGCUUGUUGAACGCUGUUGUCAUUGACGAAACGGCUGCUUCUGGCCGAACUGCGUGGGAUCUCUGCCUCCUGCUGAAGAGCAAGGGCCUUUUGGCCAAGCCAACGCACGGAGACAUCAUUCGCUUCGCGCCUCCUCUCGUCAUCACCGAAGAGGAGCUCAACAAGGGUCUCAGCAUCAUCGCCGAGGCCAUCAAGGAGCUCCCCACCGCCCCUCAGGCCAAUGGCCAUUAAAAAAUGACAUUUGACGAACUUCCUUUAGCAGUCUGAAGAGGGGUGGUGGUGUGUCAGUGUGUGUGUGUGUGGUUUGACGGCGUACCGUCCUACGAGAAGUAGACGCAGCUGCCUCGUGAGCGCGAGCUCCGGGAAUUAUGAGGGCGACCCACGCGGAAAGAGAGACGAAAGAAUUUCCUUUUUGAUUUAACACGUCAAACAUAUAAGAUACCCAAGGGAUAGCCAGGACCGGUCAUGAAGCAGCAUAGGAACGGGAGCAUAUUCGGAUUUUGUUUUGGGAAUUGUGUCUCCCCCUUGUUUUUUUGCGGGGACAUAUAUUUGUUUUUUUCUUUGUAUCUUUCUCUUUUGCCAUCGUUUGGCUCCGGAAGAUUGUUUUUUUCCCUGAUGCAGAGUCAGGUCGGACAGAGUCUUGUCCGCGGCGCGAAACGGUAGUUUGGUAGUGUAGCAUUGAUGCCUGCUAGAAAUGCAGGAGACGACGGAAUGAGAUGAAAAUUUUGAAGCAU